AUGGGGUUUCCAGCAGCGCCCCUGACAUUUGGGGUUGAGUUUGAGUUCUUGAUUGCAGCGAUUCUGGACGAAAAUGAACCACUACCAAAUCUGGCUCCCAGAUCAAAAACACUUCGAUUCCAAAUUGAUCAGGAGGAUAUUGAUGCUGUAGAGCCUCUAGAAGAAAAUCAAUCGGAAACUUCCUCCGAGGCUGCUGAUGGCUUUCAAGCUCACGCCAAGGAAAUCGCUACCCGGGCCGUUCGCCGUCAUGUUGUCGAGCUUCUCCAGAAUAGUGGCUUUCCCACGGCUCUGAGCACAGCAUUUGCGGUAACUGACAUCAAAAGAUGGGCAGUCACUUAUGAUACGUCUGUCACCAUUCCCGAACCAGAAAGAGAAGGAUACGAAUGGGUAGACAUAGAAGUUGUAACACCUGCAUUUUCUUUCACAAAUGAAAAUCUGGAUGCUGUUCGGAACGUUUGCGAGCUUCUGAGAAGGACGUAUAAAGUCAAAGUCAAUACUACCACGGGUUUACAUGUUCAUGUUGGAGAUGGAAGCCGGAGUUUCACUUUUGAGACGGUGAGAAACCUGGUUGGGUUUCUUUGGGCAUUUGAGCCUCAAUUGAACAGCCUGCAUCCUCUACAUCGAGUAGAUAACCUUUAUGGAAUCUUGAUGAGGAGUCACUCCGUAUUUGCUGAACGCUGGUACGCAACCCACGGCGAAAGACCAAGUCCGUAUCAAGGAUUACUGGAAUUGAUGAGCUGCCCGAAUAUGAAUGACCUGACAGCAGACGCAAGUCAAAUGUUUAUCCCCAAAAAUGGAGCAUACAACUUCUCUGGAGUCAGAGCUAUUGCAAAUGGGAUCCAAAUCGGAACUACGAAAGACGCAAAACCAACGAUAGAAUUUAGGCAGCACGAGGGAACUCUAAGCGGGACCAGAGCAGUCAUGUGGACGAGGACUGUUGUGGGAAUCCUGGAGUAUAUUAUGCGUACUCCACAAGAAGAAUUGAUGGAUCUGAUGGUCACCAGCUGUAAGCAUGAAUUAUGGGAGAAAACUGGCGACCAGCGUAGGGGCGAAUUUCUAGCGGAUGGCCAGAAAGAAUUCAAUAUGGGUCCUAUCCCUGCUGAGAGUAGCUUUACAAUUAUUGAUCUUCUCAGAAGGAUUGGCUUGGACGACUGCGCAGAUUAUUACGAUGGAAAGGUGUUAAAACACGACAUGAUGCCUGACCUCGCACCAAGGUCAAUGGUCACGGUUGAGGACGGAACAUCCGAGGGAAAUCGUAUGGAAGUCAGUUACUUGCCGACUCUGCUAGCAACUUGGGCGUAUACAAGGCUUCCCGACUACACCGAGGAGUAUAUAGCAGCGGCAGCGAAGAGAAAAGAAUGGGAGGAUGCCGUGCGGUCUGAUGACCUGAAUAUGCGACUGGAUCCAAAUCAUGUGCCCAUGGACCGAGACAGUGCUUAUUGGCCAGCUCACACAAUGACGAUAAUCAGACCUGAAGAUGAAUCAUCGGGCGAGGAAUAA